AUGGCGCUCACCAUGAGAUCGUCGGUAUUAGCGAUCUCUCUGGCACUGCUCGCCAAAGCACAAACAGAACAGGACUUCGAAGCAUGCGACCCACUCGACCUGUUCGAUCCAUGCAUCGAUCCAAUGACGCUGGGUACAGUGACCCUCAACUUUGAGCCGCUCUUCCCCGAACCCGUGGACUUUACCUGGGGUUUCGCCCUGCAAAACAACUACGAGUACUACCCCGGUGCUCCCGAUACAAAAGUCGCCUACUGGCUCGAGUACAAUUCGACGCAGCCUCCGGCGGCCGAGCCCCACGACACCUACAUGGUUAUGGUCCUGGGAGGUGCAGGGGGCAUCACGUCAGGCGGGCACAACGGGUGCGACGGACCCCUUGGCGAGGAGUGCGCGGAGAACUUCGCAGGCUUCAUAAAAGAGCACAUUGCAGGCCAGGCAAAUCGAACGGAUGAAAUGCUAGACGAGGCUCUGUAUGCCUUUAGAGACGAGGGUGUACCACAGUCGAUAGGAUGCGCGGAAAACUACUUCAGAUCCUUUUACGCGGUUACCCAUUAUGAGCUGUUGGACGGAAUCCUUGCUAGGGAAGACGGCGAAUCGCUUGAUAUCAUUCAAUCCGGCAACGAGUCAUUCCCCUUCAAUACUUAUGUCCAUCAACGAACACCCUAUGGCUAUCUCAUCAAUAAGGUUGCCGUCCCUGUGAUUGUUCGACUGCCAUCCGAGGGAGAUUCCUGGCGUGAUGUUGAGAAUAUUCAGGUCGAAUUCGGCUGCGCUAGGUCGGCGCCUGUCAAUCAGCCCGACUACCUCGAUGAGGAAUCCGAAGACGUGGAUGAGGAAGAAGAUACCGAAAUUACGGAUGAGACCGACAGCACGGAGGAUACCGAAAGCACAGAAGAUACGGGAGAUUCGGAGGACUCGCAGGCACCAGGUGAUCAGUCGGAGACAGAGCCUAACAGUGACGAAUCAACAACUGACGAACCGGUCACCGGGGAAUCUUCUAGCGGGGAACUACCCGAAGAAGAAGCGGGCAGUUUGUCUACGGAGUAUGGGGGCAAUGGCGCAACGGGCAUGAUGUGGAGUGCAACACUUGCCUCCAUCGCUGGGGCCAUUGCCAUCGCGCGGAUCAUGUCAUAG